AUGCUUGCAUCGAUAGCGAGGUUCACAGAUGAUGCUGCAGCCAUCGAGAAAACUCUCAGGCUGGUUCAAGGCCUCUGUACCACCGCGGCAGCUCUCAAUGAGUCGAGCGACAUAGCGAUUCCAUGGCUUCACGCACGAUCACAAGUCAAUCUAGGCCGACGCUACUUCCGAGUCUUCAAGUGGUACCCAGCCUUUGUCGAAGUCGGCAGAUCUUCUAUGAAUGGCAACCUCUCUACCAUAGAGCGCCUCCUUGAGGUCGUGAAGUAUUUGUUUCUGGGACUCUACUUCCUGUUGGAGGCAUCUACGCUCACGAAUGCCAUGGGCGUGACUGAAUACACCUGGGCUCCUGCCGUCCAGAUGGAGGCUAAUAGAUGCUGGUUCUAUGCCCUGGUUGCCUCUAUUCUACUCGGUGCCUAUCAACUAGCGGAACUACACUUCUCUCCAUCAGCUGAAACUGCCACCGACGAAAAGGCAUCAGGCCCGAAGGAGUCGGCGGCAGCAAGCAGAGCUGCAAUGCCAAUAGCAGAGAGUCGACGCAGUAAGCUACUCACCGACCUCGCCAUCGACUGCUGUGACGUCAUCUUGCCUGGAACUACUGUAGGCUGGAUACCUGCUAGCCAACUCACGGUAGGCAGCUGUCAAAGCAUCAGCUCGAUCCUGGCCGGCCGACGUAUCUGGGAGAGAGUGCAAGCGAAGGCAUGA